GCAUUCAGUUGUAGCAUUCAGUUUUGAGCGAAACAUACGACAGUUUAAACGAGACUGCAAAAAGAAUUUAAAAAAAGUUGAUUUUAAAAUAUGGCCAAAUUGAAAAAUAAGAUGUGGGUUAAGUUACUGUUAGUAGGAUAUGUAAUCGUUAAAGUGUCAGGAGCAAACGUAGACAUUGAUAAAGUGAAACCGAAGAAUAGUACGUAUGACGGAACACCAGACUCCAAUGGAACAGCAGAUAAAAAUUCUAAUUCAGAUAAUACUGUCAAACAAAAACGUCAUGCGGAUUGGUACGAGCCAUACCCAGUAGACGAGUACGAGUUCGCACCAGAGCCGGAGCCGUAUUAUUACGAAACGGUUCCGUACUACGUACCCUACGAACCAUACCACAAACCUCCCACUCUUCCACCAACGAAGCGUUGUAAAACCACUACUACCGCUCCCGUUCCAACGCCUACAAUUAUCCCGACGACAGAACCGCACCAUGUCGAGCCAACGACAACUCCUGCACCUCCAACACCCACACCAGCGGCUCCAACGCCCACCCCAGUGCCUCCAACGCCGCAGCCCACCACUAGUCAACCGCAGGCGGCGGGCACCACUACUGCGGCACCAAGCGGAUUACCGUUUUCCGCUGACCAAGUGACUGCCCUUCUGGGCGCAAUUCGAGACACCAAGGCCCACGGAGUGCAGUCGGCAGUAGGGUACCUAUUCCCCCCGCAGCACGCCCGAAGUGAACCCACCAGCACUUGCGGUUGUGAUGAAGAGAUCCGGCAGCUGCAGCAUGCCAUUCUGUUACUGCAGGAAAGCGUUAGGCAGCUGCGCAACUUUAUACAUUCUGAAGACGGAGUACUGCUCAAUGGUAAUACGAAAGUUGUUAAAAUUUCGAGGAAGGCAGUAGAAGACGAGUAUGUGGAGAACUAAUCAAUAGCAAGUAUUAAUCUAAAUAAACACUGUUCCAUAACCUAAAA